UACGUUUCUUCUCACAUUGUUAUAUUUUCCUCAUUUUUCGUUUCUCUCUUUCUCUCUCUCCUCUUUCUUUCUCUCUCUAGCUCAAGGAGCAACGGCGGCACCUCCUUCUGCUACGCGACCCCAAUCCUUCUACUCCGGUAGGAGCUGAAUCGCAUCAACCAACUCUGAUCCAACGAUUUCCUUUCAAUUUCGCUUCUAGUUCACUCUAUUCACUUUAGAACAUUUAAAAUGCCUAAGGAGAGAAAAGAUAGGUCUCUGUCACAAGAUAGUAGUAGAACUUCACCUUAUCCAAGCAGCUCAAGUCGUGUCAGAAGAUCUACAUCUAAAACUCCUUUAGAGUCUGAAGAAAAUAUAAAAGAAUGGGAAGAAGCUAGGUGUCCAGUCUGCAUGGAGCACCCCCACAAUGCAGUUCUCCUCAUAUGUUCAUCCCACGAGAAGGGGUGCCGCCCAUACAUGUGCAACACUAGCUAUCGCCACUCAAACUGUCUGGAUCAGUUCUGCAAGUCAUUUGCAGAGCCCUCGCCACCAACCAUUCCUCUUGUAGAAAGUGAAAUUUCAAACUCUGACUCACCUCAAGAUCAACCUCAAGACAGCACUGAAGCUAAUAUCGUCGAUGUACAAGAAGAAACCAGCGAGGGAUUUGUUACAAUGCAAUCCUUGUCCUGUGAAGACGAGACAAAAUCAAAGCUAGUAUGCCCUCUGUGUAGAGGACAAAUAAAAGAGUGGAAGGUAAUGGAUGGGGCUCGUCAUUUCAUGAAUGAAAAAUCUAGGAGCUGUUCUUGUGAGAGCUGCAACUUUACUGGUACAUAUACAGAUCUCAGAAAGCAUGCAAGAGUUGAUCAUCCUCUUGAGCGCCCAUCUGCGGUAGACCCAGAGCGUCAGCGUAACUGGAGGAGGUUGGAGCGGCAGAGGGAUCUUGGUGACCUGCUUAGCACACUUCAAAAUUCCUUUGGGGAAAAUAGGGUUGAUGAUGGCCUUGGGCUUGCUCCUAUAGAUGAUGGUGGUUUGCUAGCUGUAUUCUUCCUCAUUCUUCAACCUUCAUCUGUAUCUAGAGGUACCACAGGCACUAGACUCCAAAUGAGGAUUAGGAGACCCUCGAGACUCUGGGGGGAAAAUUAUGAGGCAGAAUCUGGAUCUGCUACUAGAGAUAGAGAUGAUACAACAAAUGAGUCUUCAGAUGGAGGCUCUGAUAAUAGGAGGCGCCGCGUUAGAAGACGGGUUCAAACACCUGACAGACAGCCAUAACUUGGAAAACCGGAUAUGUCAAUUUGAAUUGUUGAUGAUGUUCCCAAGUAAUAGGUGGAACAGCAAGAGAGAGAGAUGGGAGUUUCCAGCUUGGAUAUUCAAAUCUGCUAUAGCAAGUUGAACAGUUAUUGCUGAUUGUCAGAAGGAGAAGGAUGUUAUUCAUUGAGCAUCCCAUAAUCUGUUUAUUUUAACAUUUUUAGCCUUCAUGCAUCUUUGGUGCAAUAUCUCUAGACAAUUGAGUUUGAAAUAAAUUUACUGUUGUGUUUC